AUGGCAGCACUUUGGUCGACGCCCAUUACCGAAGCUGUUGUACGGCAUCGCAACUUCCCGUACUUCGACAAGCUCCAGAAGUUCCAAGUCGUGCUCGGCACAGAGGGGUCUGAUUCGACACCCGUUAGUCUGGUCGAGUGGGCACAGGCCUUCACCAUGGAGCGCGGUCUCUACGACAAAGUUAAGAUGGAGGUCUUGGACGGGAUCACAUAUACCGUCAGUCCAAAGGGCUACAACUAG